AUGGUCGACUCAACACGUAUUGAGGAGCUUUUGAAAAGACCUCUUUAUGUCUAUGAUCUUCCAUCAGAGCUUCUCGCAACUUUAAUGGCAAAAUCUGGAAACGAACCCCUCAUCGAACCUACCUCCGAGACUACACUCAAGGAUUCUGAAGGAGCAGCCCAAGAAUCUGCGAUUGCGACCUCAACAACAUGCGCUCUUUGCAAAGUUUCAUAUCACAAUGUGCAGGAACAGCGUAGCCAUGUUCGAUCGGACCAUCAUCGAUACAACAUCAAAGCACAACUGCGCGGAAAUGCGCCUCUCGACGAGAUCCAGUUUACAAAGGCUGUUGGAGAGCUAGAUGAGUCGAUUUCGGGAUCAGAGUCUUCAGAAACAGAAGAGGAUGAUGCCGAUGCUGGUGCGGACACAACUCUCACAGCUCUGCUCAAGAAACAGGCAAAGCUUUCUGAGCCAAACGAGGAGGAUGAGCCGGUCGCGAAAAAGGGACAAGCAAAGAAUCCUCUAUUUUGGUUAUCAAGUUCGAGUCUGCCAUCAAACAAGUCUCUGGGUGUCUAUCGCGCUCUCUUCUCCGCCGCCGAACAAGACGAGCCAGACCACUUGGUGGACACAAUACGAAAGAAGCAGCUCGCGCCUGUCAAAGCGCGCACCAACAAAAACCAGGUCCAGGAACCCACCACAUCAAGCCCCCACAUAUUUAUGUGUAUGAUUGGAGGUGGUCAUUUUGCAGCCAUGCUGGUAUCUUUGGCACCGGAGAUACAUCGCAAGCAAGGAGGUAUUGAGGACCGACAAGCCAGAGUCAUCGCACAUAAGACCUUCCAUCGCUAUACUACUCGAAGAAAGCAGGGUGGUUCGCAAUCCGCAAGCGAUGCUUCACGUGGUGCAGCACACUCGGCUGGAUCUAGUUUGCGACGCUACAAUGAGGCGGCAUUAGAGAAGGAUAUCAGGGAGUUACUGGCCGACUGGCGACAGAUGAUUGACAGUGCUGAGCUGCUUUUUAUCCGCGCAACCGGAAAGACAAACCGGAAGAUUCUAUUCGAUAGGCAUGACGGCCAGGUUUUGAAGCAGAAUGACCCUCGGAUCAGAGGAUUUCCCUUCAAUACUCGCCGCGCAACCCAAGGAGAGCUCAUGCGGAGCUUUAAGGAGCUGACUCGCGUCAAGGUCAGCGAGAUUGAUGAAGCUGCAUUGGCAGCGGCGGCGGAGGCGGAGGCAGCGAAGCAAAAACAAGAUUCUAAACCAUCAACACCCCGACCACAACAGCAAAAGCCGAAGCUGUCAAAGGAAGAGGAAGCUGCACUGCUACACACCUCUCAGAUUCAGGCUCUUAUCCGACGCUCCAAAGUUCCUGCACUCAUGUCAUAUCUUACAAACAACUCUAUCCCCGCCUCAUUUACCUUCCAACCGGCAGAUUCACCUCAGAACUUCCGAUGUCCCACACCUAUCCAUCUGGCAUCCAAUCUUGAUGCUCCAGCUGUCGUGACUGCACUUCUUGUCCGAGCCCAGGCAGACCCUACUAUAGUGAAUGGCGAGGGUAGGACACCCUUUGAACUUGCGGGAGACAGAGCUACCCGUGAUGCUUUCCGCAUCGCCCGCCAUGAAUUGGGCGAGUCGAAGUGGGAUUGGACCGCUGCCAAAGUUCCCUCUGCUGUUUCAAAGGCGGAUGUUGAAAGUCGAGCCGAGCGGGAGAAAAAGGCAGCUGAGGAAGAGGAGACCAAUCGCCGCAAGGCUGGAUUGGAGCGAUUGCAGAAGGAAGAUGCUGAAAGAGAGGCACUGAAAGCGCAGCAGGCGCAGCGACCUGGGGGUCGUACCUUGGGGGCGGUGGAAAAGACCGUCGCCGAGAAGAGAGAACGAGGAAACUCGGGGGAUGACCCCCGAGAUGCGGAUGCGAUUAGAACGAGAGCGGCGGGCGAGAGCAGCCGAAGAACGCAUGAAGCGAAUGCAAGGCUGAUGAUCGAAUAUUCAUUAUAUUACACAUACCCUGAUCAUUCCAAGGUGUCUUUUUAA